AUGAAGUUUGACAAAAUCCUCAAGAGCCUGAUCGAGCAGACCUUGCCCGAUUGGCGUGACAAGUUCUUGUGCUACAAAAUCUUGAAGAAACAGCUGAAAGUUAUGUGUUCCGAAUAUGGGCAAGCUCCAUCCCGAAUGGAUGCCAACCAACUCAACCACUUCCUUAACCUCUUGCAGCUAGAGAUUGAUAAGUUUAACACUUUCUUUAUUGACAAGGAAGAAGAAUAUGUCAUCAAAUGGAAGGAGUUGCAAGACAGAGUGGUCGAAGCGUUGGAUUUAAAUGCAGACUUGAUGUCAUUAGGGAGGGAAAUAGUAGACUUUCAUGGGGAGAUGAUUUUGUUAGAGAACUACAGUGCACUCAACUACACAGGUUUGGUGAAGAUAAUAAAGAAGCACGAUAAGAAAACUGGUGCUCUACUUCGGUCACCUUUUAUCCAAGAUGUGGUGAAGCAGCCUUUCUAUGAAACUGAUGUGCUUAACCAACUUGUAAAGGAGUGUGAGGUGAUAAGCAUUCUUUUCACCAAUGGUCCAUGCUCAUCGAUGAGCCAGGAUUUUAUGGAAAAUCGUUUUGGCUCCACGACUAUCAAUGAAAAUGAAGAGAGAGUACUAAUGCAGGUUCCAGAAGAACUUUCUGACAUAAAAAAUAUGAAGAACAUGUAUAUGGAACUAACUCUUUCAGCACUGCAUACCUUGGAACGAAUCAGGGGUAGAACCUCAACUGUGAACAUCUUCUCAUCGCCUUCUUCGCAUAACUAG